CAAAGCCUUCUUUAUUAUUUAUUUUAGAAAGAUGAAGCCUAAAUUUGAUGAUGGACAAUUCUCCAAUGAUAAAACACCUAAAAGAAAGAAGGUAAAUACCAAAGAUGAGAAUGCUAGAAAAAAGACCAAAAUAGAAUUAAGAAGCAAAAAUCUCAAUAAAAUUGGACUACCAAAGAAUUUAAAUCAUAUCAAAAAAGAAUCUUCUGAGAGUUUAGUGGGAAAUAUAUAUCUGUUGGAUAAUAAACCCAUGAUUAUUAAGAAGAUUAGAAGAAUCAAGUUAAAAAAAAGGAAUAUUUUGCAAAGUGUGCAAAAUAAAGAGAUAAAUGAUUCAUCACCAAAAUCUCCCACACUUUUACCAAAUUACACAAUUGACAAAUCAAAAUCCCUCAUAUACAAUGCUAAUGAUAUGAAUUACACAGAUCCUAAUCUUGCUCCCUCUAUAUCAACCAUACUAUGUUAUGUACUGCAAAAUGUUUCCCCUCACACAAACAAAAAAUGCUGCUCUAUAGAUCAUCUUGACUCCCUUUUAUAUGUAAAUCAAAUCUACGAGAUUUUUAGGAAUAAAUAUGUCAAUAAAUUUGCUCAUUCAUUCUACAAUCCCAAUCCUAACUCCCUUCGUAGUCCAUUCAAUAAUCAUAGUUACAAUAUCACAAACCAUCUCCCAACCAGUGAUGAAUGUGAAAAUGAAUUGGCAAGCCAGCACAUAAUCCCUGGGUAUGAUGUCAAAGGCUGGAGCAUUGACAAAGAUUUUCCAAUUUCUUUAAAGAAAGUUUCUAAAAAAGUUGGAAGAAAUAAAAAUCGAAGUAAUAAGACAGAUAUUCGAUCAUCUCCCCAACUUCGACCCUCUGAAUCGAGCGAAUAUAAGGAAGAUAGCGCAGACCAUCAACUCACCUUGCUAAAAUAUCACGAAAAGUGCGAGGCGCUCGAAAGGGAAUACAAAAAACGCGACAAAGAAUGGAGGCUCAAACAUCUCGACCGAGAUCGUGCCGCCGAUAAUGUCGUUCAAAGUCCCCUGACUGUCCAUCACAAUGAAGGGAACGUCGAUCAACAAAACGAAACCUUUCUGCCCAAUUACUCGCACUGGCCGCACAUAUUCGAAAUCAGAAUGCUUAAACUGUUGAUGGGUGUUGAGGAGGGCUCUUUUGACUCGAAAGGAAAGCGGGGGCUUAAUAUGGAGGGGCGUUCUUGUAAUAUUCCGUUAACCGCCUUUGGGAGACAGAUACCUAUUAUAGCAGAAAGCGAUUUUAUCCUUCCUAGCUUUACCUAAACUAUAAAUACUAGAUAAAAAUUCUUUUAAAUUAUCAAAAUAUAUAUAUAUAUAACCCAUAAUCAUUUUCGUAUUUUACAUAUAAGUCGCAGCAAGAGAAUACUUUUAUAUAUAAAUGGUGUUUUAGUAUAAUUAUUUUUAUUUAUUUUUUAAAAUGUAUUUUAUACAUUAUAUAUUAA